UCUCUCUCUUUGUGACACCAUUAACGGUUUUUUUUUUCGUUUUUUUGGGUCUUUGUAAUAUAUUGCCAAACUGGGAAGGAGGGUGGUAGAGAGAGGAACAAGAAGUGCAAGGUACGGCAAGAGCCCUCGAGAAUAAAGCGUGGUGGUCUUUCUUUGUUGUGUGCUUUGAGUAGUCUGGGAUAUAGACAGCCACAUGGUGCCCUCUUGUCUCUUUCUCUUUGGAAUUUUCACCCUUCCCUAUUUCAAAUGAAUAUUUCCCUCCUUCAUACAAACAUAUAUCUUGUACUUUUGUAUUGAUUAUAUAUGCAAAUACCUAAUUGCAAAAACAUGCGUCUUACAAAAUCAUUAACAUAUUUACAAGCUCGUUUUCAUGUUGUUGAGAAAUCAUUUUCCACAAUAUGGUGUCCCGUCAAAUUAAUAAUUACAUGAUUCAAUUUGGAUGAUUAGAUAUUGUUGUGGAAAUGGGGAUAUGUAACAUGUUGAUACAUGGGAGCUGAGGGCCAGCCAUAUGUACUAUAUAUAUAUAUAUAUAUAUAUAUUAAUUAGGUGCCAUAGCCACACAACAAUCAACAUGGUGGUGGUGACCCCAUAAUUAAAUAAGUAAAGUAAAAGAAAACAAAAAAAAGGAAGUGGGAUUUGCUGUGAAGACUGCAUCGAAUAUUGGGCUCUAGGGAUUCCCUCUAUACUUAUCUAAUUUACUUGCUGCUACUAUCUCUAUGCAAAAUUAAGGAAUGUAUGUUAUGUUGUUAAUCAUAUAGGAAUGUGUAGUCGUAGCUACUCUCUCUCUCUUUCUUGAACCUCCCAAAAGAUUCAUCUCUAAUGCUACAUUAUCUCCCUGUCCGCUUCUCGGAUUUCGGAUGCCCUCAAUAUUCUUCCCCAUUAAAAUAAUCGGUCUUCUCAAAAUCGAUUUUAGACCUCCACAACCCCAUCACGUGAAAAUUAGAUUCAAAGUAAUUAACUAGUUAAUUAAUUUCUUCUCUCAUGUAAUCACACGACUUGGUCAUUCUCUCUCUCUCUCUCUCUCUCUCUCUCUCUCUCUCUCUCUCUCUCUCUCAUAGUCAUAAUAUUUCAACCCCAUCAAGAAAGACUCACGUCGCCACCUGCUCUUUGUCUGCUUACUCUUUGUUUCAACGAUUCCUUCUCAAACAGAAACAUGUUGAGCAACUGUGAUCAUGAGAAGAUGGUACUCAUCUCUUCAACUACUAACGAAUGGCCACAGAUGCAGCAGCAAGAUAAUAUUCAAAUCGAUGAUCACCAUCAAAAGGGCUUGAACAAUAACAUGUCUUCAUCAACAUCAUCACCAGCUACUCGGAUAAUGGAGAAACCAGGCCAAGAGCAGCUCCAACUACAGCAACAAGCCCUCAAGUGUCCACGCUGCGAUUCAUCAAACACCAAGUUCUGCUACUAUAACAACUACAGCUUGUCUCAGCCAAGGCACUUCUGCAAGGCCUGCAAGCGCUACUGGACCAGAGGGGGAACUCUCAGGAACGUUCCGGUCGGCGGUGGGUGUAGAAAGAACAAGCGUGUGAAGAGGCCUGGCUCAUCAUCGUCGUCAGCCAUGGAUGGAGCUUCUUCUUCUUCUUCUUCAAUUCCAAGCAACACUGCUAACAAUAAUAAUAGUAAUUCAAACCCUCCUUCACAACCAUCCCAGAUAGAUCAGAUCAACCCAAUGUUUUAUGGGUUGCCUAGUAACCCUUUUAUGGACAGUCCAAGUUCCGCUUCUGGGUUUGAUCUUCAUCAGUUGAAUCAUCAUCAUGCUCAGCUGGGGUUAGGGUUUUCAUCAGCAGGUACUUUCAUGUCUGGUGAUAAUUAUCGAAACAGGUUUAAUCCCACAUCGAAUUCAUCACUUCCUUCUUCCAAUUAUAGCUCCAUUUUUAGUACUUCUCCAUCUACUACCACCACCACUCCAACUAUGGCUUCUGUGCUUGCUUCUAAGUUCCUCAAUGGGGGUAGUUUCAAAGAUAUUCAAGCUAGAGGGCCUAAUCAUAACCAGUAUUUCCAGUCCUUACUACCCUUUGAAGACCUUCAUAUAGCAGCCGGCAAUACCGGUGAGGCUGGUGGUGCCGCGAAAGAUGUGAAAGUUGAAGAUCAGGCUGGUCAGAACAGGUUGGAGUGGAAUAAUAAUAGCAACAACAAUAAUGUGAAUGGUAAUAUGAAUUGCCAGAAUCAGAUGACAGAGCAAAUGGGGCUCUCGGAUCCCAGUCUCUACUGGAGCUCAACGACUCUUGGUGCUAAUUGGCAUGAUCCAUCAAAUCUUGGGUCCUCAGUCUCUUCUCUGAUCUAGCAGAAGCCAAAUUCAUCAACAUCAUCAUUUUUCAAUUUCAUCAUUAUCUCAAGUGAUUUUGGUUCUUUCUUAGCUUUAGGUUUUCUUAGUUGGUUGGUAAUUGGUUUUUGUUACUGGGUGUGGGUUUCAAAAAAGUUGAAGAAAAAGAAACAAAAAAAGAAGUCAAGGGUAUAGCUUCAUAAUAUUAUUGAAGCGAGGACGGCAGGAGCUGGGAUCGGAGUGUUCAUGUCAGCAGCAAUUAGAGAAUUAAUCAGCCUCUUGAUCAGUUUUAUUAAUCAAGGUUGAGAGCCCCCCCCACCAAAAUUGCGCUGAGAGGAACCUCGGAUCUUCUUCGUCUCACUGCCUCGAAUAUCAACUAUAUAUAAUCAAGAUCAUGACUAGAGAGCUUCUUCUAGUGCAGUAAGUUGGUGUGUUUGUUUUGUAUAUGUAUAUAUAAUAUGCAUGACACUGUUUCCUAAUUCUCGUAUGUAUUUGUUAUUAGCUAGGUUGGGGUGGUGGGUUUACUUGUGUUAAUGUCAAUGGUGAUGAUCUAUAUGAUCAGGAAGGAGAGGAAGGAACUAAUAAUUUAUUUUUAAUUCCUUACUUUGUUCUUGGGAAUGGGAUGGGUGUGUUUAGAGGGAGGGGGGAAAUGGGGUUAAUUGGGUAUAAUGGUAUACAAGAGAAGAGAUGGGAGACAAUUGUUAUUGCAAUGUGGGUACGUAAUUAAUUUAUAUAUAUCUAUAUAUAUAUAUAUAUAUGUCUUUUCUUCGACUUGAUUAGUUUCUGCUAUUUUCAUUGUAGUUGAUGUUACUGGUUUUGAAUUUUUGAUUAUGAGAAAGAAUAAAUGCUGAUAUUUUCAAACCAAAACAAUUAUAGAUCUGUCAAUAGUACUGUACUAUUGCAUGAUAUGUAUGUAUAUAAAUUGUAGCUCACAUUUUUAUAGGCUAGCAUGAGAUUAAUGUGAACCUCAAGAAAAGUA